AAAGAAUUUUUCUGCAUGUUUCACACAAGACGUAAACAAAAGGAGUUAGUACUAAUAUCAAAAUUAAUUCAGCUCGAAAAUCAGGCACGGCAACUCAGGGGCUCCUCAACGCUACGAGCAACAAACGUCUGCCGCCAGUUAGGAACCUGCAGUGUUAAGGGAACGUCACGAGGUUUUGCUCGGGACCAGAAAGACAAGAUGCGGGUGACAUUUCUUUUGGUGGCACUGGCGGCCGUGGCUCUCGGGAAACUGGCUCCCCUCGAGAGGCCUUACAAGAUCCUCAUGCUGCUGCCUGUGGGGUCGAAGAGCCACAAGGGCUUCUUCACGAGCGUUGCUGACGCCCUGGGCGAGCGGGGGCACAAGGUGGUGAUGCUGUCCAGCUACCCUGCGUCCUCCAAGAACGCCAACGUCACGGAGAUCGACCACGGACUCAAGGACAUGCACCAUGACAACUAUAACCUGUUCGAAUCCCGAGACGAUCCCUCCGGAGGACUUUCCGUCCUGUCAGAGCUCAUCCCGGUCAUGGUCAAGAGGCUGUACAGAAUCCCUGAAGUGAAGGAGCUGUACGAAAAGAGGAAGACGUUUGACCUCAUUAUUGUAGACCACAUGAUAAAUGAGAUGGUCUACCCGUUCGUGCACGAACGAACGUACAUGACAAUAUCGGCCUUCGGGAUGGACGCGUGUCACAGCGCCGUGCUGGGCAACGUCCAGAACCCGGCCUACGUGUCUGGGAUGCUGGAGGAGUACCCGAGCCCACUCAGCUUGAAGCACCGCUUCCUGAACCUGAUGCAGCACAUUUUGAUGCCAUUUUAUUUGAGGCACUGGUCUCUUGUGCCGAAGAUCCAACAGGAGAUCUCGGACAUCUUCCCGGACCUUCCGCCGCUGCUGGACAUCGAGCGCAACCAAAGCCUGACGCUGAUCAACUCGCACUUCUCGAUAGACGUGGCUCUUCCUCUGCUGCCGUCGCAGGUGGCGGUGGGCGCCAUCCAUUGCCGCCCCGCGAAUCCCCUUCCGAAGAAUCUAGAAGCCUGGAUCUCCGGCGCAGGACCAGAGGGCGUCGUGUACUUCAGCCUGGGAACCGUUGUCCGAGGUACCACCAUGCCGGUCGUGUAUCGCGACAUGUUUGUGGAGGCCUUCAAGAGGCUGAAGCAGAGAGUCAUCUGGAAGUACGAGGAAGAACUGGAGGGCGUCUCGGACAACGUGCUGAUACAGAAGUGGCUUCCGCAACAAGAUAUAUUAGGACAUCCCAACGUAAGGCUUUUCAUCUCCCACGGAGGCCUUCUCAGCACCCAAGAGUCCCUGUACCACGGAACGCCCGUCGUCGCCCUGCCUGUCUUCGCGGACCAGCCUAAGAACGCGAUGGCAAUCCAGAAGCGUGGCGUCGGCGUCGCCCUGGUGUGGGAGGAACUCUCCGUCGAUCUCAUCGUCAACUCUAUUCAGGAAGUUAUGAAUAACCCCAAGUACAACCGGAACGCCGAGGAGGUGAUGAGCGUGGUGCGGGACCAGCCGGAGACGCCGAGGGAGCGCGCCGUGUUCUGGACCGAGUACGUGGUUCGCCACCAGGGAGCGCCCCGCCUGAGGAGCCCGGCGGCGAAGCUCUCGUGGGUCGAGUUCCUCAUGCUGGACGUGCUGCUGGUGCUCCACGUCGUCGCGUACGUGGCCUUCUGCGUUCUGUCGCGGGUCGUAAGGGCGGUGAAAGGGAGGCUCUUCCCGCGCAGAGUCAAGAAGAAGAAAGACUGAGCGUUAUUUCAAUGCAUAGUCUGUUUAGCUUAUAGAGUUUUCUGUUAUUUACAUAAUGCACCUUAAACAAUCAUUUGGCUUCUUAAUUUCCAUUCCAUACAGAUCCAUUUCAAAGAAUUGUAUACCGAGUCAGAAAAUAAACGAAAGAAGAUUCGUGUCUUAUUC